AUGAUUCUGACGGUCGAUGACCUGACAGUCGCGUACGGCAGCGUCGUCGCCGUCAGGAACCUCUCGUUCGGGGCCGAGGAGGGCAAGAUCCUUUCCCUUCUCGGCCCCAACGGGGCAGGCAAGACCACCACCCUGAUGGCCAUCAUGGGAAUGAUCCCGAUCGCCUCUGGAGCGGUGCGUCUUCAAUCUCGCUCCAUUGCCGGCGCCCGAACAGAAGACACUGUUCGGGCCGGCAUGACGCUCACGCCCGAGGGUCGGCAGAUCUUCGCCAGCCUGACCGUCGCGGAGAACCUGAUUCUCGGGGAGGCUGGCCUCUCGGGCAGAGACGGGGGCCGUUGGACGCGAAAGGAGGUCCUUAGAACAUUUCCAAUUCUGUCGGAACGCCUCAACCAGGAUGCCGGAACUCUCUCUGGUGGCGAGCAGCAGCAACUAGCCAUUGCUCGCUCACUGCUCAGCAACCCCAAAGUGCUGCUCUUGGACGAGCCGUCCCUUGGACUAGCACCUCAAGUCGUGGACUUGAUCUUCUCCCUCAUAGUGCAACUGUGCGAGCACGGCAUUACCGUGGUUCUAGUUGAACAGAACGCUAUGCGCUCACUUGAAAUUGCCCACCAUUCAGUGGUGCUCAGUGCCGGACGCAAAGUGUUCGAUGGCUCAGCAUCUGCACUACGGUCCUCCGAUGAUCUCAUGAAGGCCUAUCUCGCCAUACAGCCCGCGGGCCGCUCACCGGAGACUCAAGGUGGUUGA